AUUCAUAAAAUAUCUAUUUUCAAUUUAAAGGCUUUUAUUUUAUUUUGUGCUGUAACGGUCUCUUUAAAUACGAAUGUAACACAUCAAAUAAUAAAGGAAGUGAUGGCAGUAGAAUGCUUGAAAAACGUCGAAACAAUUGUGGGACCUUACGAUGCCGAUAUUAAAAGGAUUUAUAAACACAUUUUGCCUACCAUAAAAUAUGUGAGCAGUUGGUAUCACUUUCGACAAAUCAUAAAGGAAAUAUGGGCGAGAAAUUUUUUAACAAAUGAUUUGAAUGGAAUCUUUAGUGCAGCAUUUGUUAUUCCUUUAUUUCCUGCGAAUUUUUUGUUAGAUGCUUAUCGAGAGUUUACAAACCUAGCGGAAAAAUCAGAAGAGCUCAAAGGAUUUUUAAAUGAAGUACUAGUAGUUAUUACAAAUUUAGCUUCUGAAAUUAGCAUUGAUAUUGAAGAUCAAAAGAAAUAUCUAAAUGUUUUUGAAAUCUGCGAAAAGCAGUUUGAUGUAGUUAAAAGAAGCAAGUCACUAGGAAACUUAUUCGGAUGUUCUAGAGAUAUUUCAUGA